AUCGGUAGAGAGCGCAUUGAUAACUACAGUGAGUUAUAUAUAUAUAAUUUUGGUUAAGUUUACAAUUUUAUCUAACGUGAUUGUUUUAAUUAAGCAAAAUAAAUUGUCGACCAUAAUUUAUGAAUAAGUAGAAUUAUGCAAAAUGUUUUAUCACAUAAUUAAUAAAUGCAUGCUGAGAUCGUCUUAUAGAAUAAAUCAUUUUAAGAUUCAUAUAAAAUUCUUAUGUCAAAUUCCAAUAAAAGAAAAACAAACUCUACAACAGAAAAGUCCUACAAUCAAAAAUAAAAACGUAACAGAAUCGAAGUAUCCUGAAUAUGAAAUAAUCUAUAGAUUUCCUUAUAUAAAAUAUAUAUGUCUUUUUCAUAAAUCUAAGCGAAAUAUGUUAAUAACCAGUGGUCUAAUGAUACCACUAAUGUUUUUUUUAUCUCAAGAAAAUAUAAUAUCCGAGAUACCUGCCACCUUUACAUCAAUUAUUGUAAGUGGAUUCGCAUUGUCACUGUACUUGACUGGAAAACUUUUUUCCAAUCAAAUUGGUAUUAUAUAUUUCAAGGAUAACGAAUCUAUAAGAAUUGCAUAUGUGAAUGAAUGGGGCAAAAGGAUAGACAUUGAUACUUCGAUUAAUGAUAUUAAGCCACUUGAAAGCCUUUCUUCUUCAAUAGCAAAUAAACAUUUUAAAAAUAUAUAUAUUGGAUCACUUAAACAUCCACUCAAGCUAUACGUAAAUUACGGUAUAAUCAGUAAUAAAGAAAAACUUGUAAGUGUAUUUGGUGAUUAUGAAUAAUAUCUAUAUAUUUAAAUCUUAAAUUUAAUGAUUGAUGUACAUAUUAAGAUAUCUAAAUAUAUCUGGUUAAACAAAA